UAUGAGCAGUUUCUGGGUGAAGUGAAUGUGCAUGUUUUUGAGGACUGGUGUGGAGAAACUGUUGAUCAGUUAAGAAAAGACCAGCUGUUCCCUCUGUUUCCCCACUCUCGAACCACAAUAAACCGGCUUGCUGUUUAUCCGAAAUGGGAAAACUACGGACUGAGAAUCUUUGGAUACCUUCACCCUGGAGAAAAUGGAGAAUACAUUUUUGCUAUCUCCUCUGAUGGUAAUUCAGAGUUCUGGCUGAGUGAGAACGAAAGCCCGGAGGGACUCAAACUUCUAGCCUUCAUUGGCAAGACCGGAACAGAAUGGACAGCACCAGGAGAAUAUGAGAAAUUUGCAUCCCAGACAACUCAGCCUGUACACCUAGAAAGACGUGAGCAGUAUUACUUUGAAAUCAUCUACAAACAAAGUAAAGGAAUGGAUCACAUGGAAGUUGCAUGGCGUCUGAAUUCUGAGGACAGCAGUUUUGAGGUGAUUACAGCAGCGUAUCUGUCUCUCUAUAUAGAUGAUUCUUCCUCAAUGGAAAUGGACACUGACACAAUCUCCCAAACUUUAGCCACUCAGUUUUUAAGUCCUGACCCUUUUUUAAAGCCUGAAGUGGACAUGGUUAACGAAGACCCUCGAGAUGUUAUCUACAAAAUACCACUGCUGAAUGAUUCUGAGCUGCAAGAUGUGGUUCCCAGCUGUGCUUACAGACCCAUUUAUAUAUUUGAUAAUGCAACCAUUGUGAGAUAUGAAGGCAUAAAUCAUGUUCGUUACUCUACAAUAUACCCCAAUGAUCACACAAGACUAUCAGAUGAAGACAUGCAGGGACAGCUUUGCUUUUACAAAAAUGAUGAAAGAGGUGGAUUUGAUUCAUAUCUGAAGAUUGAAGGUGAACCUGAAGGAAAAACUAAAGUCAUCGAAGGAGAGGAACCGAAAAAGAAUCCAAAAUGGAAUCAGGUCUUUAAUGUGAACCCUGUGGACUUCAAUUCAAAGCAGAACGAUUUCUGUGUGAACACCUGUAAAAAAGCUGGAAACAUUAUAAUGCAGAAGAAAGACGCCAUGAUUAUAGUCGAUGCCUUCAUGAGACACCUGCAAUCUAAACCCAACAAUGAUUUGGUCCUGAAGCGGGUGCUGAAUGUGGAAAAGAAGUAUAAUGAUACUGAAGGCACUCGCUACCUGAUAGAGCUGGAGAUGGAGAAUCGGGAGGGGAAGAGUGUUCUGAUGUCCAAGUACCUUUACAGUGGAGCGAUGAAGAAUGGGGAUCCACUUGUACUUUGCAAUGCAAAAGGCUUCGCUUGGAACCCAGAAGUAACAGUACAUGUUAUUUUAGCAGUGAAAAACCAGGGGAGAUGGGUCAAGUACUUUAUUAAAGAGCUGGAGAACGUAUACAAAGUCACCGGAGACAAAAACUUUAACAUCAUCAUUGUGGACUUCAACAGCCAUGACAUCAAUAUAGAGAAGGAACUGAAAAUUGCAAAGCUACCCAGCUACCAGUUUAAGAAACUGGAUGGACGUUUUGCCAAAGCACAAGGAAUUCAAGUUGGAGUGGAUCUUGUUAGGGAUGACAACAGUAUUUUGUUCAUGGUUGACCUUCACAUCCACUUUCCUCCAGUCUUAAUACAGAAUGUACGUAAACACUGCGUGCAGGGAAAAAUGGUGUUUGCUCCUGUUGUGAUGAGACUGGAUUGUGGAGCGACGCUCGAAGCACCUAAAGGUUUUUGGGAAACUGAUGGUUAUGGUCUGGUGGGAAUCUACAAAUCAGACAUGGACCGUAUUGGAGGAAUGAACACAGCAGAAUUUACAGACAAGUGGGGAGGAGAAGACUGGGAGUUGCUGGACAGGAUUAUACUGAACAAGCUGGAGGUUGAACGACUGAACAUCAGGAAUUUUGCACAUUUCUACCAUUCGAAACGGGGCAUGUGGAACAAGACGUAA